AUGAGGUAUGGCUGUGAUCAGGAUGCUGGUAUGGGGUAUGGCAGUGAUCAGGAUGCUGUUAUGAGGUAUGGCGGUAAUAAGGGCGCUGGUAUGGGGUAUGGCGGUGAUCAGGAUGCUAGUAUGGCAUAUGACGGUGAUCAGGGCGCUGGUAUCAGUAAUUUUUACAACUGUAAAUAUUAGGGGCUGAUAAUUUGUCAUGCUGGGUUGACUUUUGUAAAUGUAGACCAGUCAAAUUACUUGUUAUGGGUAUUGU